AUGCUCGUCUCGCUCGGCGACUGGAUUCGCCGGGGCCUCCGACGCAUGACCUUCUACGAGACGUACCUCGGUGACGAGCGUGUCGAGGCGCUUGCGACUGCGCUUUCGCACACGGUGAGUCCCGUGGGCGUCACCAUCGAUGUCGGCGACAACGAUCUGUCCCGUUCCACCUUUGCUCACGUCGACCGCGCCCUCGCCACCUGCCGCGGCAUCUCGAUCGCGCUGCCGCCGCUACAGGGGCUCUUCAACUCGACGCUUCCGAUCCAACACGUCACGUACCGCUACGAGCGCAACGGAGACCGCAUCCACCGCAUCGUGCUGGAAAGCCCGAGUUAA